UGAGCGUAAAAAAAAAAAAAUCAACCCCAAAACAUAUGAGCAAAAUUAAUAUUAUCUUUUUAAAAGAGAAAAAGAUGAUAAAACCCAAAACCCUACUGGCUUAUUCUAAAAUCUCUGGCAGUCUCUCAGCUGAGCUCUCAACGCAACCUUCACUAUUUAUUGCUUCUUCUUCUUCAAUUCAUCUCUAUCUCUCUCUCUAUCGCAUUUCCUGCACACUAAUAUGUUUACCUCGACUCCAGUGUUCUGCUUUUUGGAAUUUGAAUUGAGUUAGGAGAAUCAGUUUGAAGGCUAGGAGACGGUAGAAUAAAAUGAAGAGGAAGUCGCAAUUUCAACUUAUAGAACUUGAGUACAUCUAUAAAGAUAAUAAAUAUCCUACGCAGAAGGAGAUAGAAGGUUAUGCUGCUUCUUUAGGACUAACUCUCAAACAGGUUCAGCAAUGGUUUGCCUCUAAGAGGAAAAGGGAUAAAGGAACUAUAUUACCUAUCCAUUCUAUGACAAGCCUCUCUGCUUCUACAAAAAGGAACGCUGCUGCCAUUUCUGUUGCUAGAAAGAAUCAGAAAAGCACCUCUUCAGUCGGAGCAAAUGGGUUUGGCAAGAAAAAGAAGAAGAUGCUUCUUCCUCAGGAUUUUUUAUCUCCACAGUACAUUCUAAGCAAGGUAUUCCGCAAGGAUGGUCCUCCACUUGGUGUGGAAUUUGACUCUCUUCCUUCCCAAGCUUUCCACUGCAAAGGUUCUACAGAGUCUUACCCUGCUGAUGAAGAGUGCCAAAGAGCAGCAGCCAAAAAGAGGAAGGUUUUUGAGCUUGCCAGCAUAGACCAUCAGAACAAUAGUACUGAGAGUGCUUCAGUGAAGAAACACGGUAUGGGAAAAGGUUUGAUGACAGUUUGGAGGGUUGUGAACCCUGAGGGUGGAGAUAUUCCUACUGGCAUUGAUAUUUCUAAUCGACAAAUUGUUGCUCCUUCUCAAACUAGUCCUGUAGUGCGAAGGCAACCGCCUCGGAACAAAAGACGGCAGCCAUUAGUAUCUCAAAUGAAGCAGAGAAGUUUGGAAAAGAAGUUACAGGAAAAGAAAAGGGCCUCCAUUAAAAGGAGAGAGGUGCAAUCUAACAAAAAUGACAAUCAGAGGCAGCCACGCAAUGAAAAAUGUGAACUUGCUUUGGAUGGAACUAUUUCUAAUGAACGUCUUGAUCAACUUGCAAUGUUAGUUGAUGAUGAAGAAUUGGAGUUGAGGGAGUUACAAGCUGGACCAAAUCCAUUACAAUGUGCGGAUCAUCUUGGUACAAGCGGAUUGCUUGGUUGUUCCCUUUGCAAAGAUUUGCUGGCUAAGUUUCCACCAGGUUCAGUUAAGAUGAAGCAACCAUUCAGUAUGCAACCCUGGGAUUCAUCUCCAGAAACUGUCAAAAAACUGUUUAAGGUUUUCCAUUUCUUGUAUACCUAUUCGGUAACACUUGACACAUGCUCAUUUACACUUGAUGAGUUUGCUCAAGCAUUCCAUGAUAAGGAUUCCUUGUUACUUGGGAAAAUUCAUGUGGCCCUUCUCAAGCUUCUUUUGUCUGAUGUUGAAGUGGAGUUGAGUGGUGCAGUUUUACCUCAUUUUAGCUUGUCUUGCAAGUUCCUUGCUCUACUUCACUCGGUGGAGAACCAAGAAUUUGUGGUUGAGUUCUGGAAGACAUCCUUGAACCCUCUGACAUGGACAGAAAUACUGCGCCAAGUUUUAGUUGCAGCUGGCUUUGGUUCGAAACAAGGUCUAUUACGCAGGGAAGCCCUUAAUAAGGAAAUGAGCCUCAUGGUGAGAUUUGGCCUGCGCCCCGGCAGUUUAAAGAGUGAGCUGUUUAAAAUUUUGUCAGAAAGAGGAAAUAAUGGGCUAAAAGUUUCGGACUUGGCGCUGUCUUUGCCGGUUACUGAAUUGAAUCUCACUAGCACGACUGAGGAACUCGAAGAAUUAAUAUGUUCAACUCUUUCAAGUGAUAUUACUUUAUUUGAAAAGAUAUCACCAUCUGCAUAUCGUCUGCGCUGUAGUUCUGUUGCAAAGGACGGCAACAAUUGUCAUUCUGAUACUGAGGAUUCUGGAAGUGUUGAUGAUGACUCUGAUGACAGCAGUGAUGAUUCUGACCAUGACUCAGGAAAUUACUAUCAAAGGAAAUUCAAACAUAAUAACCACCAUAAAGGUAGAAAUAACAUGCUGACUGUCCACACUGAAAUUGAUGAAAGCCAUCCAGGAGAGGUGUGGUUGCUAGGACUUAUGGAAGGUGAAUAUUCUGAUUUGAGCAUUGAAGAGAAGUUGAAUGCAUUAGUGGCUUUGAUUGAUCUUCUUAGCGAUGGUUCCAGUAUCAGAAUGGAGAAUCCUGGUAAAGCCAUUGUUGAAUAUGUUCCCAGCAUCCCUCACUAUGGUUCUGGAGCAAAAAUUAAGAGGUCAUCAUCAAACCGACAGAAUUUUCCUAGGCCAUCUUGGGUCUAUGGUGGACAAAGGAAUGGUGUACAAGUAUCACACACAUCAUCAGACUCUCGCCCAGUUGAUUCAUCAGCAAUUACAAAGUCUUUUGAAAAAGAGAGAUGUUCCAGCAGUGGACAGGAUGCAAAACAAACUGAAGUAGGAGUGUAUAUACACCCAAUGCAAUCUAUCUUUUUGGGCUCUGAUCGCAGGUACAAUAGAUAUUGGCUUUUCUUGGGCCCUUGUAAUGCAUAUGACCCUGGACAUAGGAGGAUUUACUUUGAAUCUUCGGAAGAUGGUCAUUGGGAAGUUAUAGACACCGAAGAGGCAUUGCGGGCCUUAUUGGCAGUUUUGGAUGACAGGGGUAAACGUGAAGCUCUUCUUAUUGAAUCGUUAGAGAAGCGGGAAACUUCACUAUGUCAAGAAAUGUCAAGUAGACAUUUACAUGAUGCAGAAAUCAGGAACACACCAUCUUAUUCACCUGAAAUGGAUGCAGUCAGAGAAGAUAGUUGUUCUCCAGUUUCUGAUGUUGACAACCUCAGCUUGACGGUGGCCAUGAAUGAAUCUUUAACCUCAUGCUGUGCUAUAGUUCUUCAGGCUGGAAAGAAGGGAGAGGAACAAAAUCGAAUGUGGAGACGUCUUCAAGAAUUUGAUGUGUGGAUAUGGGAUUACUUUUACUUGAACCUUAAUGCUGUAAAGCACAACAAGCGUUCUUAUCUUGAUUCUCUUACCAGAUGUGAAAGUUGUCAUGAUUUGUACUGGAGAGAUGAGAAGCACUGUAGGAUUUGCCAUACCACAUUUGAGAUUGAUUUUGAUCUAGAAGAAAGAUACGCCAUCCAUGUGGCUACAUGCAGAGAGAAAGGAGACAAUAGUACUUUUCCUAAAUUCAAAGUCCUUCCAUCACAGUUGCAAUCAUUGAAAGCUGCAGUCCAUGCAAUUGAGUCAUUUAUGCCUAAAGAUGCUUUAGUUGGCGCUUGGACAAAGUCUGCUCACAGGUUGUGGGUCAAACGGUUACGACGGACAUCGUCUUUGUCUGAGCUUUUGCAGGUUAUUGCUGAUUUUGUUGCAGCAAUUAAUGAGAAUUGGUUGAAUCAAUGCCAUAUUGAGCAAGGGGGUUGUACUGUUAUUGAAGAAAUCAUAGUAUUCUUUCCAACUAUGCCCCAAACAUCAUCUGCACUUGCACUCUGGUUGGUGAAGUUGGAUGAGUUUAUUGCAUCAUAUUUGAAGAAGAUUCAUUCUGGAACGGAACUGGAAAAUGGGACCAGAUCAGGAUGAAGAUUCAUUUAUGAUAUGUAGAAGAUAGAAGAGCAGCAAAAGAAUAAAAACCCAGCUAUUUUCAGGGCUCAUACAAAUGGGGAGCACAUUUGAUUAUACAAAGCAUUUGACUUUCUUAUUUUCUCUUUGCUCUUCUAAUUACUUAACCAGCCCGACUAUUCAUCAUUGGGAGCUUUCUUUGAUGCGUUAGGAGUUUAAUUUCAAAGGACGAGAGCAGAAUAGCGUAUGAGACUGUACAGAACCAAGUUUUGACAAGAUUUUGAAUGUUCCUCAAUCAGGCAAUCUGAACCUAUUUAGAUGUUGUACAGAGUUAGCUUCAUACAUAUGCAGGAAAAUCAAGUGUUUUUUAUACAAUGGAUACCCAAGUUAGUGAAAUAUGAUUACCAUUUUCUACCUUUCUUAAUUGUAGAAAAUGGAAUGUUGCAUAUCCUUGUCUUAAGUGUGGACCGUAAACAUGUCAUUUUUAGUUUUGCAAUUAAGGAAUAAAAUGAGAUCAGCAUAUGUGGCUGAAGUUGAUGUGUUAA